GAGUAACUUUCCGAGGACGGAAGACCAAAUUUUGCGUUUGUAGGGUUUUAGAAAAUCUUCAUCUUCAAUGUUUGGAGCUCCGAAGAACAAUUGCCCGUUUCAACCUUGGCAGCCAUUGCGAAGCACCUAACCUAUUUCGUUUACUGAAUCUUAAUUUUAGUUUCUUCUAUCUCCGUGGGUGGGUUUUCAGCUUUCUUUGAGUGUAGUAUCCUCUGCAAUAUCAACCCGUCGUGCUCUAGCCAUCGAUUUCCAGGUGGUUGCAGAUAUAAUGUUGAAGCAAGUGGUUGCCAAGUAUUCUAUAGGUAAAGCGGCGAUUUAUGGAAGUAACAGAGAAAAGCUUAGACCUUUCAUGUGCCAAACCAGUUGUCGAUUCCACAAUGGACGGACUGUUUUUGCACCAAGAAGCUUCUUUGGUGUAGAAGACUACGUGGAUGACGACACAAGCCGGCCAUACACAUACCAAAAAGAGAAAAAGUCGAAGAAUCCAGACAAGCAUGUGUCGUUCAAGCAACGAACAGUUGCAUACAUGGAGCCGUUCACUCUAGAUGUCUUCAUCUCAAAGCGCUUUGUUUCGGCAUCUCUCACGCACCGUGUUACAUGUAGGCAAGUUGCUGUUGCGGGAACAAACUCUAAAGACGUAAAAGCUGUUCUGAGGUCAAGAUGUGAUAUCCCGGCAUGUAUGUCCAUAGGGAGGAUCUUGUCUGAGCGUGCAAAAGAAGCUGAUGUGUACACGGCUUCUUAUACGCCAAGGGACCAAGACAAGUUUGAAGGGAAAAUCAGAGCUGUUGUCCAGUCCCUUAUUGAUAACGGAAUUGAUGUUAAAAUUUAUCUCGAUUAGAAAACAAAUGUUUGUUGUGUCCGUGCUGAAAUUAGUGUUUGAUUUCGAUUUUCCUAGCAAACCUUAUUGAUUCAGCGAGAGACAAACUAAAUCCAACAAUUCAUGGGGAAAAAACAAAACAUAUGACAAACUAUUUUGAAACUGAAAUCCCAAGCAAGUCACUGCUCAUUACUUUUCAA